CUCUGUUUCUGCGUUACCAAAAUCCAAUCCCUACAGAUUCUCCUCUGUCUCUCUCUCAUCUCCGAGUCCCAAAAACCCAGACUUUUUCUAGGCGUUCGGCGAUUCUCUUCCCUACUUUCCCGUUUCGCAGCGUGAUAGCUAAGCUAUCUCUCGUCUCUUGGGCGCUCUGCGUAAAUUUUCCCGGGAAAAUAAGAUUUUCCUGAUCGGCACUCGGAGGGAUUCCUAGGGUUUCGAUUUCCACGGUCGAGACCGGAUCCAAAGUCAGGAUCCGGAUUUGUUGUCAACGUUAAUGGAUAGAAAUGGACUCGCGGCUGUGUUUCUCUUCUUUCUGAUCGUCUCGGACUUCUCCGAUGCUUCUUCCUUGCUUUUCAACCUCGGAAAGUUUGUUGUCACGAAAGAUUCAGUACCAGGUUCUCCGGUGCCGAUUUCAGGUCCGGUGACCGGGGAAAAUAAGUUGGAUUCAAAACCAGUUAGAACAGACGGGGAAAAGGAAUUGGAUCAGAAUUCAGUGAAUGAAAUUGAUCAAAAACCGAAAUUGGAUCCUAAACCAGUGAAUGGAGAAACGAAAUUGGAUACCAAGCCAGUUACUGAAACAAGUAAAGAUACGAAAUUGGAUACCAAACCAGGGAGUGGAACAACUACGGAGAAGAAUUUGGAUUCUAAACCAGCCAAAGAAACUCAAACUAGUGACGAGAAGAAAUUGGAUCCUAAACCUGCCAAUAAAACAAGUACAGGAAAGGAAUCGGAUACCCAGACAGGGAACGAAACGAGUAAUGAAAAGCCGGUUCCUCCGGUGCCCAAAGACUCGCUGGUUCAACCAAGUGAUAAAGAUACUUCAAAUUCACAGCCUCAAAAUGGCAAAACAGAGAAGAAGAAGGAAGAGAAAACUGACUCGGGAUCGGUGAGCGAGGAAAGCUGUGAUGGAUUGAGUCCCAGCUGCAUAAUUCAGAAUGUGUUAGUUGCCUGCAUUAAGAGCUUUGAUGUUGGAUCUAAAGUGGUUGUUCUAGUCCAAAACAAAGGAGAAAGCAAUUUAAAGGCCAAUAUUUCAGUAGAAAAUAUUCCUGAGGAGCUAAAGGUACCUAAAAAACAAAGUAAAAUGAUUUCUAAAUUUCUUACUAAUGGGAAAAAUGCCAACAUUAUAUUGUGUCGUGGAAAAGAUGAAUGUGUGGUUCAUUUGCACUCUACUGUAUCUGAAGAAAUCUCUUUCUUGAGAUUCCCUUCAUACGACAAGCUGGUGACUCCAGUGAAUGGUGCCUACUUUUUAAUCCUUGCGGCACUGAUCUUUGGAGGGACAUGGACGUGCAUCAAGUUUAGCAGGAGGAAACGGCAGGGCGGUGGGAUCCCAUAUCAAGAGCUUGAAAUGGCAUUGCCUGAAUCUGUUUCAGCUGCGGAUGUGGAAACGGCUGAAGGUUGGGAUCAGGGUUGGGAUGAUGACUGGGAUGAUGAUAGUGCAGUGAAGUCGCCUGGGGCACGUCAUGUAGGAAGCAUUUCUGCGAAUGGCCUUACUUCGAGGUCUCCGAACAAAGAUGGAUGGGAAGACAACUGGGACGAUUAGUAUAAUAGACCACCGGCGUUACUUUUAAUUGGUGAUGGAAGCUGAUCUGGGGGAAUGAAGAGAUAAAAGGGAUAGAAACACACACACACACACACACACACAAAGAAAAGGAAAAUGAGAAAAAGGAUAUUUAAGUUGAGGACAUCAAAUGUAAAUCUUUCUCUCACUCGCCUUGUUAGACGCUAGUGUUUGUCGUGUAAGACUGAGAGCCCAGGGAUAAAAGGAGUCUGUAGAUGGGGUUGGUUUGACAAAAUAACGGAGCGGUAGUAUACUUCUUUUAGUUUAUUAUUAUUGUUGUAAAAUAUGUUGAUUCUUUAUUAUUAUUUGCUCAGUCUUAAUUCCUUCUGUUUAAAUUUGGUGAUCCUUUGGGGGAAGAGAGAUACGAUACCAGUUUCUUGGUUUGUCUGCCCAUGUCAUUCGCAUUGUUGUCCAAUUGCAUCGCCGUCUUUAGAAAUUGUUCACAAUUAUUAUUGUUCGCUUCACCGCCAUUUUAGGUUUUUUUAUGUUGACAAUCAUUGUUGUUCGCUUUACCGCCAUUUUAUGUUACUGUAUCAUUCAUGCUAAUCAUGU